AUGAUUUCUAACAAUAAUAUUGAAAAAAUAAAUGAAUUAGAAAACCCUCAAAUUGAAAUAUCAUUUGAUGAUGUACAAGAAAUAAAUGAAACACAAACAAAGGGAAAUGAAAAAAAUAAUCAAAAAAAUAAUAAAGAGUACCAACAACAAAAACAAAGAUUGAAAGAAAAAGAUUAUAUUGAAUUAUUAAAAUUAAUAGAUACUGCAAAGAAUUAUGAGUAUCCAAGUGAAGAAAUUAAACAACAAGAAUUAAAAGAAAAAGAAAAAAGAGUUAAAGAAAUAGUUGAUGAAAUAGUUAAAAUGAUUGAAGAAUAUAAAAAUUAA